UGGGCGGUUCCAUUCUGUCCGCAGCAGCAGUAAAGUAACCGAGCUCGCAAAAGUAACAACACAAAUAUGGCGCCUGCUCCUACAAUCAGCAACAGAUAAGACGACCGCAAACAAGAGAAAAAGAAAGUUUCCAGACAUCUCUAAAGCUUGAAAUUAAACGGUUCCAGUGGCGUGCUUCUGGUCUGCAACCAGGGUGGAAUCUAGGUGCAAACUCCACACUGCCUUCAUGCCGGCAUUGUUAGCGGUGUAAAGAACAGCAGCUGGCCCGGAUAUCUGUUACAGUGGGAUAGGUUACUUCUUGCAGGUGUUUCAGGUACGUCCAGCCAUGAUCGAAGACAAAGGCCACCGAGUGACGGACUACUUUGUAGUCGCGGGGCUCACGGACAAAUCCACACCUCUAGACCAGGAGAUCAGCCUCUCGGAUACCAAGUCUAGUGGACCCAAGGCCCCCAUAACAGACAUCUCGGUCAUCAACAAAUCGGCAGGAGAAACGGUGCCUGAGGGCUUCACCUGCAUCGAAACCACAUACACAGGACAGCCGGCUAACCUGAACCAUGGCAGCCUCAAGAGCCCAGAGUUAUUUCUGUGUUACAAGAGGGGAAGGGAUAAAGCACCACUGAUUGAUAUUGGGGUUUUGUAUGAGGGGAAGGAGAGGCUAAUCCAAGGCUGCGAGGUGAUCCAGGCCACACCCUACGGACGCUGUGCCAAUGUCAACAACAGCUCAGCCAACUCCCAGCGCAUCUUUAUCACCUAUCGGAGGACACCGUUAAUAAGGCCUCAGAACUCGCUGGCAGUCACUGAUAUCUGCGUUAUUAUUGCCAACAAGGGAGAGACCCCACCACACACUUUCUGUAAAGUUGAUAAGAACUUAAAUUGUGGGAUGUGGGGCUCCAACGUAUAUAUUUGUUACAAGAAGUCGGUCUCUGCUUCCAAUUCAAUAGCAUACAAGGCUGGUUUGAUCUUCAGGUAUCCAGAAGAAGACUAUGAAUCAUUCCCCCUGUCAGAAUCGGUCCCUCUAUUCUGCCUUCCAAUGGGAGCUACCAUUGAGUGCUGGGCUCCUAACACCAGAUAUCCACUGCCAGUCUUCUCAACAUUUGUCUUAACAGUAUCUUCUGGGGAAAAGGUGUAUGGUGCUGCUAUUCAGUUUUAUGAGCCUUACCCCAUGGAGAUGUUGACAGAGAAGCAGAAACAGCAGUUGGGCCUCAUCACUGCAGUGGAAAAGAAGAUAAUCCCCAACAAGCGUGUCAACACCAACAAGUGCAUCUGUCUGCUCUCACACUGGCCCUUCUUCGAGUCCUUCCGCAAGUUCCUCAUGUUCCUCUACAAGCUGUCUGUCUCUGGACCGCACCCUCUUCCCAUUGAAAAGCACAUCUCCCACUUUAUGCACAACCUUCCUUUCCCUUCACCACAGAGACCAAGAAUCCUAGUUCAGCUCUCUGCCCAUGACGCCUUGAUACUUUCUCAGCCAGUUUGCACGCCAUUACCACUAAGUGGGGCAAAUUUUAGCACUUUGCUAAUGAACCUUGGUCCAGAAAACUGUGCCACUUUACUGCUGUUUGUCCUGCUGGAGAGUAAAAUUCUGCUGCACUCACUGAGGCCUGCUGUACUGACUGGAGUAGCAGAAGCUGUGGUAGCAAUGAUCUUCCCUUUUCAAUGGCAAUGUCCCUAUAUCCCUCUCUGUCCCCUGGCGCUCUCUGGGGUCCUCAGUGCGCCUUGUCCAUUUGUUAUUGGAGUGGACUCCAGAUAUUUUGACCUCUAUGAUCCACCUCCAGAUGUGGUCUGUGUGGAUCUGGACACAAACACAAUCUACUUGUCGGAUGACAAGAAGCAUUAUACCUGGAAAAACCUCCCAAAGAAACCCAGCAAAAGUCUCCUCAACUCCCUGACUAACCUGCAUCACCAGCUGGCAACAGUGCACAGAACAGCGCAGGAAGGCGCUGCAGUGGAGAUGACCCCUAUCGAGGCAGACUUCUCCUGGCACAAAAAGAUGACUGGGCUGGAAAUGGAGACCCAGGAGGCCUUCCUCCGCUUCAUGGCCUCCAUACUAAAGGGAUACCGAACAUACCUCAAACCCAUCACACAGGCACCAUCGGAGAAGGCCACGGCGGCUGAUUCACUUUACGAUCUCCAAGGGUUCUUGAAAAGCAGAGAUCGUGCACAUCAGAAAUUCUAUUCACAGCUGACGAAAACCCAGAUCUUCAUCCGCUUCAUUGAAGAAUGCACUUUUGUGAGCGACAAGGACACAGGCUUGGCGUUUUUUGAUGACUGCAUUGAAAAAAUUUUCCCUUCAGAUAAAGGCACAGACAAAGGAGCAAAGGUUGAUGUUGACACCUCUGAGGACACUAGGCUGAUCGAACUGGAUGAGUCACAGAAAAGUGAACACACAGUGUUUGUGAUGCCUCCUGAACCCCCGGCAACCGACGGACCUGACCCGCCGGGCAAGUACAGCUAUAAAAACUUCCCCCGUUUGGACCCAGAGCUUUUUGACAGACCAAUAGAACUCAAGCCUUCUGGCAUCAGCAGACGGGUUGCAGGUGCCAGUUUAUGCAACAGCCCAGUACUGCUGGCGAAACGAACCAAGCAGGAAAUCAAAUCUGCCCACAAGAUGGCUAAGAGGUUUUAUUCCAACCCACCUCUCUGGGCCAAGUGCUUGUUCAGCCAUUGCUACAGCUUGUGGUUCAUCUGCCUGCCAGCCCAUGUGAGAGUAUCCCAUUCCAAAGUCAGGGCCAUGCAGCAAGCGUACAACGUACUCAUCAAAAUGAGAAACACAGAGGUGGAGGUCCUGGAUGAGGUCUGCUACAGGGUGGUGAUGCAGCUGUGUGGAAUCUGUGGGCUUCCAGUGCUGGCAGUGAGAGUUCUGUUUGAGAUGAAAAAUGCUGGUGUUGAACCCAACGCCAUCACCUACGGCUAUUACAACAAGGCUGUGUUGGAGAGCCCAUGGCCGAGCAGGAACAGAAGUGGUUACUUUAUGUGGACGAAGGUACGAAGCGUGUUGCGUGGAGUGGCACAGUUCAAACAAGCACUUGGAAAGACACCAUCUUCAAAAAGCCCAGCCUUGGUAACCACAGCCCCGGUUGGCACUGCAGGUGGGAGCGAUGGUGACACAGUGAGCCAUGGCAGCGUGGACAGCUCGAACGACACAAACAGCGGAGAACACACGCUCUUUGUGAGGAACCUCAUCACGCUCGACUCCACUGACAAACACUGCAGCACAGGGGCUCAGUCUGACCAGGGAUAUGGUUCCAAGGAUGAGCUGAGAAGGGACUGCUCUGAUGGAGCCAUGGUCGCUAUAGCAUUGUUGAAGACAGGCCCGUCCAGCAAAACCAAAGCAAAGAAAGAUGGAGAGGGUGUGGCUAGCUCCUGUGGAGAUGAAUUGUCUGUCACUGAACCCCAGAGCCCCAUAGACUCGCCAGCCUGUGGACACAGCAUUGUGAAACUAUCCUCUGGGAGCUUUGACAGUGGGAGCAGUAGAGCCAGCAGUGGUCCCAUUGAGGAUUCUGUUGUUGAAGAGGGUGCGCCAAAGAUUCCCCGCAGACCCAGUGAUGUAGGGCAACAGCAGCAGCGGCAGAAAGCUUUUACAGAGCGGAGCUGUAGCUUCAGCACAGACAGCCGGGCAGGUAUGCUGAUGAAGAAGGGGAGCCUGGACAUGAGCCCUGACGAGAUCGCCAUCAAGAUGGGUGCCGACGCCAAAAUCCUGGCUGCAGCCCUGUCCAGCACCAAAACCCCGCCACCUGCAGAUACCGGCACCAAAGCCAAAAGAGAGCUGUCCUUCAAAGGAAUAGGGGAGCAGGAGAAUGACACAGAGAGCAACAUGCCUUCUAAGCUGCUGGAACUUUCAGAGGACCACGUGGAGAGUGAUGUGGUAGACAAUAUGACAGGCCCCCUGGUGGACAUGGGAGAGAUGAUGGUGCUCAGGAGCAAGUUCCGGGAUGGAAUAGAAGAGGGCCCAUCAAAGCGAAAUAGCUUGCACUCAAAGCCUGUCGAGAGGGAGGAUGUGAAGGAAGGAGCUGAUCCCUUGUCUCUGUUGUGGUCAGAGAGUGUGGAGUCCAUAUCGGCCCAGAGCGAGGAGAAGAUUGUCCCUGUUGUGGUCUCCAGAAACCUUGCAGAUGAGAUUGAGAUGUACAUGAACCUAAAGAGCCCCUUAGGAGUCAAGUCCACCAGCAUGGAGCUCCACAAGGGGCAGGUGAAGCAGGAGGAUGCCAAUUCAGGAACAGCAGUCCUUGAGCGCAGGUCCAGUCUGCCCGUUGAGGCCGUCCCGCAGACAGCCUCUGUUACACCCAAGCGCAGCCCGGCCGUGACACGGUCCAAAACAUUUACGGGGAAGCCCAAGACCUCCAGCCAGACGCCCACCCGGGCCCAGAAUCUGCGCUCUAGUUCCCUCUCUGCUCUGGUGCGCUCCUCCCAGCAUGGCUCUCUUGGCUCUGUUAUGAACAGCAUCUCUGGCCUAAAGAUGGACCACCUGCUCUCUGGACCCAAAAUGGAUGUUCUCAAGUCAAGCAUGAAACAAGCAGCUAACGUGGCCAGCAAAGUGUGGGGAGCCGUGGCGUCGGCCUAUAGUUAUUCAGAUGAUGAGGAUGAAAAUUCCCGCAGUAAUAACAACUUCCCUGUUGGUUUGGAAGACCAUCUCCGAGGAGCAGGAGGAGGAGAGAGCCCAAGCUCCCGGGGCGUGAUUCCUGGCCUGGCCUUAAAUGGCCUGACUCGGAGCAGCACCAGCUUGGGCAGCAGCAGCAGCAGCAGCGACACUGGGAGACUGCAGCACUCCACCUAUGUGACCCCAAGAAGUGUGAAAGGACCAGAAUCUGAAAAAUCCGAGCCUAGUUCAUCUCAUCAUGCCAGUACCGCAAGCAUAUAUCAGAACUGUGCAAUGGAGGUGUUAAUGUCCAGCUGCUCGCAGUGCCGAGGGUGUGAAGCCCUAGUUUAUGAUGAAGAAAUAAUGGCUGGAUGGGCUGCUGACGAUUCUAAUUUAAACACCACAUGCCCCUUCUGUAAAAGCACUUUCCUUCCUCUGCUCAAUAUUGAGUUUAAAGACCUCCGAGGCACUGCCAGUUUUUUCCUGAAGCCCAGUACAUCUGGGGAUAGUAUACACAGCACUAAUGUUCCCAUGACAACGGAGCCUGUGGAGCAGAAAACCAGCCCUACAGCUCCUGCAGCAGCCAAUCUGAUUCGUAUUUUAGAUUCACCACAAGCCAGUCCCUCAGCAGCUCCAGAGCUGACUCCUGAGGAAAAGGACAGUGAAAAUACACAGGGUGGCCAGGCUGACCCAUUGGGGCUGAACGACAGACUCCCACACAAACGAGGGGCGUCUUUGACGCGAAGCAACAGCGUUGGGGGACCCCUGCAGAACAUGGACUUUUCCCAGCGGCCUUCCCAUGGCGUUUCAACAAGCAGCCUUCCCAACAGCCUGCAGGAGGUUGUGGAUCCUCUGAGCCUGACUAGGAGGCCCAAUCCUAUGCCAGUGUCAGUCCCUUACCUCAGUCCUCUGGUGCUACGCAAAGAGCUAGAGUCUCUGCUGGAGAACGAGGGGGAACACGUUAUCUACACCCACAAGUUCAUCAAUCAGCACCCCAUCAUCUUCUGGAACCUCGUCUGGUACUUCAGGAGACUGGACCUCCCCAGCAACCUGCCCGGCCUUAUCCUAACAUCCGAACACUGCAAUAAUGGAGUACAGCUUCAACAGACGUCUCUGUCUCAGGACAGCAAGCAGGUGUUCGUGCAGCUACUGUGGGACAACAUCAACCUGCACCAGGAGUCUGGAGAGCCCCUGUACCUGUCCUGGAGGAGUUUAUUGGAAAAGAAAGCUUUACUGUCCCCCACGGAUCACCAGGAAACAAGGACUCUGCUGAACUCCAUUGUGCGAAACAUCCAGACUAACGAUGUGUAUGGACCCAUCAAUCUGCUCCUGAGGGAGGUCAAGAAGCACCCAGACAUUAAACGCCAGAGGAGCAUUUACAGAGAAAUCCUGUUCUUGUCACUGGUGUCUCUAGGGAGAGAGAAUAUUGAUAUCGAGGCCUUUGACAGAGAGUACAAACAGGCAUAUGACAUGCUGAGCCCGGAGCAGCUCAAGGCCCUGAGCAGGAUGGAUGCCCCUCCAAGCAAGAGUGUCCAGUGGUGCCUGAAAUGCUUUGGGGCGCCGGUGAUCUGAGGAGCAGCCACAGGAGCUAAAGAAAGGCAACCACUAGAGGAAAGUGAGCUCGACACCUACCACGGCCAUUACGACCACACAACCUUGGCUUACUUGCCUCCUUCGCAUAAAUGCAGGACUCCUUUUUCACAGUGGUGUUGUGUAAAGAGAGGGAUUGCUUUGAUUCAUGCUUUUUCUCCCACUCCUUUUCCAAAAGGCUGCAUUAUUCCCCUACAGAAUUGUUAGAUCUAACUCUUGUUUAAUGCUUUAAUUGACUGCCAGGCUUAAGGAGAAUGACUGGAACUCAUUCCUCCAGCUUUUAGCUACACUAUGUACAUGUAUUAUGGUAUUUGUGGUCGAUCCCUUCACCUGUAUUUAAUAUUUGCCCCAUCACAAGCCACUGCUCAGUAGGACGUGCUUGGUGGGACAGGCUGGGCUGGAGUAGAUUCAGCCAGGUUAUCACAUAGCCAUUGUCACAGCUGCUUCUGCUUGUUUGCAAGAUUGUCCCUGGGAGAAGUUGACUGUGCAGCAUUGUUAGGUUGUCAUUGUUAAGUUCAAUAGAAUCUUGCCCUAAGAAACUGUUUCAGUUCAAAUUAAAAGUUUUUUUUUUCUUAUAUUUUGAAGUCAUUUCACUUGUUUGGGUUUUUUUUCCCCCCAUGAAGAAUAAAUAAUAACAUUUUUUAUUUUUUUUUCUUUCUACCCUCUGUAGUGCAUAGCUCCUUGUUAGGGUUUCUGUUAGGGUUCAGUCUUAAAAGCCCCCCUGUGGUGGCUAUGUUCUACAAAAGAAUACAGUCUAUACUUAGCCCGUGCAGCUUUCAACUGUAUUCUAAUAUUACAUUCUGUAAAAGAAAAAAAUAUGUUUUAUACUGUCCAUUGUGUGUCUUGUAAUCGGCCCUCAAAUCUUAAAUGAUUACAGUGUUGUGAAUGCGUUUUCAGAUUGUCAGUGUAACCAUUUGUUAAAUACAUUCCAGCGGCUUGAACACUGUAGUGCAUUAACCAGAUUAGUGUUUCCUGUCCAGAAUGAGGGUGGCGUUUAAAAUAAAUAAAUGCUGUUUAACACUUGAGUUGGGUGUAAUUAUGUUGAUACAACUCCAUUGAAAUGGGAUAUUAAUCAAGAAGUGUGAAUUAUGUACAAUCUUUAAGAAUAAGGCUUGAAAUCGCACUGCUCAAAUUUGUACAUUAAAUGGCCUAAGGGGUUAUCUUUACUUGUUUUGCAACAUCCUUAUAUCGAGCAAUACCAGCACAUAUGAAAUUGUAUAUUUUAACUUUUCCAGUUUUAAAGUUGCAGUAUGUGCCGUUUAAAAUCUGUAUAGUUUCAACAGUUCCUUUAAAAAAAAACAAAAAAAAAAUGGUUAGCGUAUUCUUUCAAAUAGCUUCAUGUAUGUGAAAUGGCCUCUUCUGAAUUGUAAUGCAAUAAAUGACAUUUCUUCUGA